AUGAUGCGCAACGACACAUCGCCCGACGCCGCGCUCGCCCGCGUCCGGUCGCUCGUGACUGCAAAGCACGAGCAUUUGCACCGCGCGUUUCUCCAGUACGACGCCAACCAUGACGGACGCAUUGACAAGAUGGAGUUCGAAACGUGCAUGGCGACGUGGGGGGUGCACGCAACGGACGUUGCGACGCUGCAAAAGGCGUUUGAUCCGGACGGCGUCGGCGAUAUCGACUACAAGCGCUUCUUGCAUGUGGUCGCUGGCGACGAUCGUGACCGCACCGAGCUCGCGCAUUUGCACUUGCCGCAGCACGGGCAGAACAAGGGCAAAAAGGCCAUCAAGCCGGGGAUCGAACCGGCGCCAAAACAUACCACUAUGACAGGGCAAAGCGGUCCCAAAUCCAAAGCGCAGUUGCUGCACCACCUGCGCACGACCGCGAAGGUGGCCAACCCGAAGGAUUUUUUUCGCAAGUAUGAUGCCGACGGCAACGGACUGCUCGAACAGCGCGAGAUUGUCUCGUGCCUCGCGUCGCUUGGGUGGAAUACGGAAGAUACAGACGGGCUGCUACGGGUGCUCGAUCCCCGCGGCGCGGGGGUGGUCGCAUACGCGAGCUUUUUCGACAACAUAUCGGCCAUCGACGCACCCGUCGUCACGACCAAGUCUGUCGACGCGUCGUUCAAUACCGUCGUCGAGACGCUCGCUGCCAAGGCCAAGCACAUCCACCACCUCUUUCGGCGAUUUGACGUCGACGGCGAUGGCACGAUCGACUUGGCGGAAUUUCAUACGUGCUUGAGCCGCCUCGGAGUGCUUCCCGUUGACGCGGCCAACGUUGUCGCCAAGUUCGAUCCAAACCACACGGGCGUCAUUGACUUUAAUCGAUUCCGCGCCGCGGUGCUCCACCACGACACGGCAGCCGAGUGGGCCCCUCUGCACUUGGUGGCGGAAAAGACGGUCGGCGUCAAGCAAUUUCCCGCAAAACACUCUCACAAAAGUCCAUUGCACGCAUCGGAAUCUGCCACGUCGGUGCAAGCGACGCUGCACGCGCACUACCUCGAGCGCCUUCGACUCAAGCACAGUGACCUGCGCAUGGCGUUUCGCAGCUUUGACAAGAAGAAGCUCGGUCGCCUCGAUCGGCGCGCCUUUGAAGCGUGCCUCAAGAGUGUCGGAGGGCAACCCGACGACAUUGCCGCCGUCUGGGCGCAUCUCGCGGGCGACGGCGACGCUGUGCCGUUUCAUCGCUUUGCACAGAGCCCACUGGCGCCUUUGUCGCCGUCGCCAACCAAACUCCAGCACAAGCAAGGCUUCCGUGAUGCUUUGUUCCCACUUCAAAUCCCACCAACGUCGCCGCGCGCCCACGAAGAGCACGCGGUCCAAAGCCAGGCACUUGAAGCGCUCCAGAAGAAGACAAAGGUGUCGUCCAAAGCGCUGCGAGCACUCUACCGUGCGUGCGAUCCGGACACCGUCGGUGUGUUUUCCAAGGAGCGAUUGCGGCACGAGAUGCAAGCCCAACUACAGCUCUCUCCAGACCAAGUCGACACGCUUCUGCGUCACAUGCCGUCACAGAUGGAGGAGCGCGAUCUCGCCGCAUGCGUCUAUCGUUCGCCUUCACAUGUGAGCCCGGUCGCACCCCGGCUGCACUUUAAAGACGCCCAGCGCCUCUUGCGUCUUGAGGAGACGCAUCCCAAACAGCUUCGGGCGCUCUUCCGCACGAUGGACGAAGACAAGACCAACCAAGUCGUCCACACGUCACUCACCUCGUCGGCGCUCAGUGGCGCGCUCCAGAGCUCGUUUGGCAUCGAGAUCCCGCCCGAGCGCCUCGCCGCGCUGAUUCCGCCCGUUGCCACCUACAGCCAAGUGCUGCAAGCUGCGCACGCCGCCGUCAAACCCGAGCCGCAAGAGGCAACGUCGCCAGUCGACUUUCACGGUCGGCUUUUGGGCUGCCGCGCGAUGCCGUGUCCGCGUGCGGCGAGCGAUCCCGCUUUCUUGAGCCAUGACAUGCGCCCACGGGACAACGUGGCUGCGAUGCGACGGCCGUUCCCAGGGCCCUCAAACACGGCGGGCCUCGACUCGACGGGCUUUCACACCCGCUGCAGUGUCAUCCAAGUCGAGACGACAACGACGGUGGAGGCUGGCGUGGACCGUGACGUGGCACCGCGAUGGAAGCUCAAGGCCGUCGACGGCGCCCACGAAAAGAUUGGUCUCGGAGGCGGCCGAAAGCGCAUGCCCGCGCGCAACACGGCGCACGACCACCAAAUGCGCUCGCUCUUGGCGCACGACGCCUCGUCAUGA